CGCGUGAAGAUCGUGUCCGCUUCUCCACACCUUAAAUAGUUCUAGUGAGUCGAGUUAUACUAUGCGGUAGUCAUGUUAUCGUACGCCGUCGGGAUGUUGAGUCGGCCCCGACUGCAGCAAGAUGAUCCGACGUGGUAUUUCACAUGAGAACGAUAACGUUCCCGAGAGAGAGGUCUCGCAAUCCAAUCGUCUACUUGCAAUUACUAACUAAGCAGGCGUAACCAUGGCGCAUCUUGAAGCUCUCGCCCCCGAGGUAUCGCUAUAUCCGUAUAGCAAUGGGAAGAGGACGGGAAGUCGGGUUAAGUUCCCAGAUACGCUUGCUUUCUCGGGGAUGAACAAGCCUGCGCGCUUCGAGGGAGAUAUCGUCGACCUUGAGGUUACGGGGGAGAUCCCUCGCGACAUCAAUGGGACUUUCUACCGCGUGCAACCCGACCAUCGGUUUCCACCAAUGUUCGAGGAUGAUAUUCACUUCAACGGAGACGGCGCCGUGACGGCAAUCCAGAUCAAAGACGGACACGCCAACUUCAAGCAGCGGUACGUGCGAACGGACAAGUUCCUCAAAGAAGAAGAGGCGAAGCAAGCUCUAUUCGGCCGGUACCGAAACCCGUACACGGACAACGAGAGCGUCAAGGGCGUCAUCCGCACCGUCAGCAACACCAACAUCACCUUCUGGCGGGGCAUGCUCCUAGCGAGCAAGGAGGACGGCCCGCCGUACGCCAUGGACCCCGUGACCCUGGAGACGAUCGGGCGCUACGACUUCGAGGGCCAGAUCACGGCCCCGACGUUCACCGCGCACCCCAAGUUCGACCCGGAUACCGGCGAGAUGCUGUGUUUCGCGUACGAGGCCGGGACCGACGGCUCCGACUGCGGGGUCGACGUCGUGAGCUGGACGAUCGACGCCGACGGCCGCAAGACCGAGGAGCUUUGGUUCAAGGCGCCGUUCGCGGGCAUGAUUCACGACUGCGGUAUCUCGAAGAAUUACCUCGUGCUCCCCCUGACGCCGCUGAAGAUGUCGCUCGAGCGGCUCAAGGCUGGUGGGAAUAAGUUCGCUUGGGACCCUAACGAAGACCAGGUCUACGGCAUAGUGCCGAGACGCGGCGGCAAACCCGAGGACGUAAAAUGGUUCCGGGCUGACAAUGGUUUCCACGGCCACGUAGCAGGAUGCUACGAAAACGAAGACGGACACAUAAUCUUCGACCUGACCGUCGCCGACGGCAACGUAUUCUUCUGGUUCCCACCAGACGGCGAAGAACCCGAUCUGGCCGGACGCCAGCGCCUCAGCAGCCCGACGUGCCGGUGGGUAUUCGACCCGUCCGCCAAAUCAGGAACGCGCGUCGCGCCGACGGUCGAGUGGACGACGUCGGGCGAGUUCUCGCGCAUCGACGACCGGUACGUGACGAAGCAGUACUCGCACUUCUGGCAGCUGCGCGUGGACCCGUCGCGGCCGUACGACUUCGCGCGCUGCGGCCCGCCCGCCGGCGGGCUCUUCAACUGCAUGGCGCACUACACCUGGGACGCGUCGGACCCGCGCAAGGCCGGCAAAGAGGACGUGUGCUUCGCGGGCCCGACCGCGACCUUCCAGGAGCCGGUCUUCAUCCCCAAGGACGGCGGCGCCGAAGGCGAGGGGUACCUGGCCGCGCUCAAGAACAACCUGGACGAGCUGCGCAACGACGUGGUCAUCUGGGAUGCCUUGAACCUGGCGAAGGGCCCGCUGGCGACUUUGCAUCUGCCGCUGAGGCUCCGGCUCGGGUUCCAUGGGAAUUUCGUUGAUCAUAGAGAUAUCGAGGCCUGGCAGGAACGGAGGGCUGGCGACUUGGGGCCGGUCCAGCCGGCUAAGGAACCGCUGCCUUGGCAGAAGGCUCUUGCGGCGAAUGGUGUUGGCGAUCGUCAAAAUAGCGCCUUGAACGGCACGACGAAUGGCGAUGGGACUAACCGAUCUUCGUAGGAAGGAGCCCCUCAGGCCUUCGUGAAUGAUAACUUAUUUCUAUGAGCAAGUAUGCUAAAGUUGUUGGAUAAUCUAACCAUGAAUCGGAUAUAAUUAAACGUCUGUCGCUUGUUCCCGAAGUUGGUAGAUAUAACUUGUGUGUCCUAG